UUUUUCAGGUCAAAGGCCACCGAAGAAAAGCGACGAACCCACAGUAAGCGAGCAAACGAUCGGAACGUCUAUUGCGACACUUUUUUUGUUUCUAAUAAAGAAUUAUUCGAAACCGACCCGACUGACAUCUAGCAGUGGCACGUUCAAUUGUCGCGAAGAUAAACAUAGUGCCAGAUAUCCUUGAUAAAUCGAGUGUCGAACGAAUAGUACUGGUUCCAAUAACGAGGCGAUUCGUUCGCGCGAGCUUCCGUUAAUUGUCCAAUUUUUCCGACGAACGUUCCCCCGGAGAGCCGAUUGCAUCGAUGAAACUGUAUUCCUUGCCUCUACGCUGCCUUCAGCGUGUUCUCCCGGCAGAAUCGCAACGUGGCCUGAACACCAGUACGCUCGAGUACUUGAAGCCAGAGGUGGUUCUCAGCGAGGAGAGUCGUUCGUCGUUCGUCGAGCGGUUCAAGGCUCGGAAGACCGCGAAGGAAUCCGACGAGAAAGUGAGCCGGGCGGCGAUACUGGUGCCGUUAUGCAAGCACGAGGGCGAGCUGGGUCUCCUGUACACCCUGCGGUCCACGAAGCUGUCGUCGAACCGGGGACAGGUCUCGUUCCCCGGCGGCAUGUACGACGACAGCGACCGUAACCUCGAGGAGACGGCGUUACGCGAGACAUGGGAGGAGCUCAAGAUCCCGAAGGAGAAAGUCGACGUGUGGGCUUCCGGUAAUGUUAUCAGCAAAAAGAGCCUUCGAGUGUUACCUGUGUUCGGGUACAUCGGCGAGGUCGAUCCCGGGAAGCUCCAGAUCAACACCAACGAGGUGGAGGAGGCUUUCUUUUUUAGCUUGAGAAACCUGUGCGACCCGUCCCUCUGCCGGCACACCCAGUUCCGCAACGGUUACACUCUGCCGGUCUAUUUGGGCGGGAAACACCGCGUCUGGGGCUUCACCGCGGGCGUGACGCAUAUGGUGUUGAACGUUCUCGUACCUGACGCUUACAAGUUCAAACUGCCAUACGUGCGGCCGAUUUUACCGGAUAUGCAUAAGCUCAAGAACAACAUGCAGGCGUUGUGAAAUUCUACCGCGAGUCACGUUGCAAUUUAUUCUCUCUGUUCGACGCGUUCCCUUGUAAUUCACUGUAUAAAGAGUUGACCAAAUUGUUAUCGGUCUUUUUAUAUUAACCCUUUGCGCUCGAAGGUUUUUUUAGUGAUCGAGACGUAAUGUUUUUGAAAUUAUCGAGAGAUCGCGUGUAAAUUGAGAAACGAGGAUGGUUUAUUUGAAUGUUUUAUGUAUUGACGCGUUUUACGGAAUUUAAUGUUGAAUAUUGAAUUUUAUGACUUUGUUGUUUCGAAUUAAACGGUGACUCACCUGUCGAGUGCAAAGGGUUAACGAAGAGAAUGUGUUGCUUACCUCGAAUAUCGAGAAGCUUGUCGCAGAUCGUGAAAUUCGGGACAGAUACUUUGCAAUCGUCGCAGAAAUAGCCUUUUAAUGAUUAAUUACUGUUAGCCGUCUUGUCGCAUAAUGUUUACGAUGAGAUUACGUUAUCUCUGUUUUCACGAUGAUUAGUGUUGUAUUCGGCGGAGCAGCGGGAACAGUUGGUUUAGUUUAUUCAGGAAAUUUGGGAAGUCGAAGCUUGUGGCGUCAUCAACGGUGGAACGUGCAAGCUGCUAGUUAAUUUAGUAUUGCAUUGGUUAGUGUAGAUGGCGAUGCGAGUUUUUUUUUAGACUAUUUUCCUAUUAAUAAUUGAUUAUCGAUAGAUUAGUUCUUACCGUACUGUCGACUAACUUCAAUAGCGUAUUGUUUUUUUAUAUAUACAAUAUCUGACUGUAUAUACAAAUAAAAUGUUUAAUACAAAAAUUGUAGUCGCGAAGAGGGAGUGUGUAUAAGGAUAAACUGAGCAACAAUAAAAUAUAAGUACGAGUAGACUGCAGAUAUUUAGGAAUUUUGUAAAUAAAUUUUGACUUCAUUUCUGUGAAUUAGAC